AUGGCUGACAGAGCUUCUAGCGCAAGUAUUGAGAAGGCAGAUAAUGGCGGGUAUAUGCAUAAAGUGAAAACGCCUCACUCGCGCACAUCGCUUGAGGAGCUGGAGACGCAGAGUGCAGGAUCCGAGUACAAUACUUUACACAAGGGCCUACAGAGCAGACAUAUCCAGCUGAUUGCUCUUGGAGGCUGUAUUGGUACCGGGUUGUUCGUGGGGACGUCAUGGACACUACAUAACUGCGGCGCUGCGCCGCUUCUGCUGUCUUUCAUACUGAUUUCGACGAUAGUGUACCCCAUCAUGUGCUCGCUGGCGGAAAUGAUCUGCUACCUACCACAGCAGGGGUCGGUGCCAGAGCUUGUGUCGCGUUAUGUGGACCCGAGUCUCGGUUUUGCCACCGGUUGGAACUAUGCAUAUGCAUACGCGAUAUUAGUUGCCGCUGAACUGUCUGCGGCUGCGUCGGUCGUCAGCUACUGGGACAACCCCGUCCCCAUGGCCGCCUGGAUUACCAUCUUCCUGGUUGUUGUGGUGGGCCUGAACUUUACCGCGGUCAAGUACUACGGCGAAGCAGAGUUUUGGUUUGCCUCGAUCAAGCUGAUAUGUAUUCUCGGGCUACUGGUCGUAUCCGUGGUAAUCUUCUUCGGCGGCGCUCCCAACCACGACCGUACUGGCUUCCGCUACUGGAAGAACCCGGGGCCCUUUGCGAUGAGCCUCGCGCCAGGAAGCACGGGCCGUUUCUUGGACGUGUGGCGCGCCGUGAUCAAGUCGGCCUUCGCCUUCAUCCUAUCACCAGAACUUAUAGGCAUUGCAUGCGUCGAGGCGCAGGACACCCGGCGGAACACUGAGAAGGCAUCGAGACGUUUCAUAUACCGUAUUAUCUUUUUCUAUGUGAGCUGCGCGCUCAUGAUCGGCGUCAUCUUAUCAAGAACUGAUCCGAAACUCAUAGAGGCGCUGGAGACAGGCGCGCCAGGCGCUGCCUCUUCUCCGUUCGUGCAGGGGAUUGCCAACGCAGGGAUUCCCGUGCUCGACCACGUCAUCAACGUCGCGAUCUUGUCUUCUGCGUGGUCGGCAGGCAACUCCUUCAUGUAUGCAUCCACGCGCAUGGUGCUAGCGCUUGCGCGCGAGGGAAAUGCGCCAAAGUUCCUCACCAAGAUCAACAGAUAUGGUGUGCCCUACAACGCGGUCAUCGUCUGCACGCUCGUCGCCUGUCUGGCCUACCUGAACGUCAAGACGACAUCCGCAAAUGUGUUCCAGUGGCUGUCGAACAUAUGCACCAUCUCCGGCUUCAUCGGCUGGUUCGCCAUGGGCAUCGCGUAUAUCCGUUUCCGGCGCGGUAUCGUGUUCAACAACCUCCAGAGCCGUAUCCCAUACCAGGGUCCACUGCAGCCAUAUAUCGCCUACUACUUCACAUUCAUGACUGUUGUCGUGUGUCUGACGAAUGGUUUCCACGUCUUCCUCAAGGGGCGCUGGAAUGUCGUCGACUUCGUCGCCGCCUACGUUACCUUGCCCAUCUACCUGGUGCUCUACCUAGGCCACAAGCUAUGGUUCCGCACGCGGUGGUACAUUCCUGUUGAACAAAUCGACGUCAUAACCGGUCUCGUGGAGGCAGAGGAGGAAAGCAAGAUGACCCCUCCUCGCAUACCAAAGAAUCUAUGGGAGAAGUUCCUCUACUGGCUUCUGUAA